AUGAUGAGCACCCUUCAGAUUACUUCCUGCCAACCUUGCAACUUCUUCAGAAACACAUCUCAAUCUCUCCGCUUCUCUUCGAAACCAAAAGUAAUUCAGCACAAAUGCAUGGCCGUAUUGAAGAACAAGCAAUGGAGGGUUGUAUCUAAGUACCACCAAUCUGCUGGACCUGUCUGCUUAUUGGGUGGCAAGGGAAAGAAUGAAAGUGGUGGUGGUGAUGAGGGUUCCCCCUGGAAGGCUCUUGAGAAAGCGAUGGGUAAUUUGAAGAAGGAAGGUUCAAUAGAGGAUGUAUUACGUCAGCAGAUUGAAAAGAAGGAAUUCUAUGAAGAGAGAGGCGCCGGCGGUGGUGGGGGCGGCGGCGGCAGUGGCGGGAGCGGCGGCAGCAGUGGUGAUGGUGUAGGUGGCUCUGGUGGAUCUGAGGAUGAAGGCCUUGCUGGAAUCUUGGAUGAAACAUUGCAAGUAAUUCUAGCAACCGUUGGAUUUAUCUUUCUGUAUUUUUACAUCAUCAGUGGUGAGGAGUGGACUCGGCUAGCAAAGGACUACCUCAAGUUUGUGUUUUCAGGGUCCAGGAGUAUUCGUUUGAAUCGUGCCAUGUACAAAUGGGGAAGGUUCUACAAGCGGCUGACUGAGAAGAAGGAGUAUGAUAAGUUCUGGUUGGAAAAAGCCAUAAUCACUACCCCAACUUGGUGGGAUAGCCCUGAAAAGUACCGCCAUAUUGUUAGAUCUAAUUUAGCAUCAGAUUCAGAUGAAUAG